UGAGGAUAGUGUGUAAACGAAACUUAUUUAGACUAUUUACCUGAUUAAAAUAAAUUUAUCAAAAUAGCGAGAAUAUGAAGAUUAACCCCUUUGCCCCCCUCAAGAAUCACAACUAUUGAGAAAUUUUAAUAAUUCAAUGAUUGGAAAAGAGAAUUAGCAAUGAAUUGAUCCACACAAUAGUACUGUGCCCAUUACUGCACAGCCUGUAAGAGGCCUUGAAAAUCUUUUGAGAAGCCGACAACUUCUCACCAUGUGGGAAUCAGAAAAUGAGUCUGUUAGUGGAAGAGAUUAUGGUAAUGGAGUUCACAGUACUAGCAAGCAUGGAGUCAAGACUGAUAGUUUUGAGCAAAAAGGACAAUCUUGGUAUGUAGCAACUGAUAUCCCAAGUGACCUUUUAGUUCAAAUUGAAGAUGUAACUUUCCAUUUACACAAGCAUCCAUUGCUUUCUAGAAGUGGGAAAAUGAACAGAAUCAUAUAUGAAUCAAGAGAUGCAGAAUUGAGCAAGAUAUCUUUAAAUGAGUUACCAGGUGGACCUGAGGCGUUUGAGCUAGCAGCAAAGUUCUGUUAUGGUAUUGCUAUUGAUCUAAAUGCAACCAAUAUUUCUGGCCUAAGAUGUGCAGCAGAGUAUCUUGAACUGACUGAAGAUUUGGAAGAAGGCAACCUUAUAUUCAAGACUGAAGCUUUCCUCAGCUAUGUGGUUUUAUCUUCAUGGAGAGACUCCAUACUGGUGCUAAAGAGCUGUGAAAAGUUAUCACCGUGGGCAGAAAACCUACAAAUUGUUCGAAGAUGUAGUGAGUCCAUCGCAUGGAAAGCAUGUGCUAAUCCAAAAGGAAUAAAAUGGCGAUAUACAGGCAAGCCUGCAAGCAUUUCUAGUCCGAGUUGGAAUCAAAUGAAGGAUUCUAGCCCGAGUCGAAACCACCAAGUACCUCCUGAUUGGUGGUUUGAAGAUGUUUCGAUUCUCAGGAUUGAUCACUUUGUGAGAGUGAUUACUGCAAUCAAGGUAAAGGGUAUGAGACAUGAACUGCUAGGUGCUUCCAUUAUGCAAUAUGCAGCUAAAUGGCUGCCAGGUUUAAUCAAAGAAGGAUCCCGAUUGUCGGAAGAUGGAAGCAACAGCAGUAAUAGUAAUGGCAGCAGUAGUUGGAGAGGGAGCCUCCAUAUGAUAGUAGCAGGAUCGGGGGAUGAAGUACCAACUGUCCAGGCCAAAGAUCAAAGGAUGAUUGUUGAAAGCCUAAUUAGCAUACUCCCACAACAGAAGGACAGUGUUUCAUGUAGCUUCCUUCUUCGACUAUUGAGGAUGGCAAACAUGCUGAAAGUGGCUCCAGCUUUGAUAACAGAAUUGGAGAAACGCGUAGGAAUGCAAUUUGAGCAAGCUACAUUGGCUGAUCUUCUCAUACCAUCUUACAAUAAAAGUGAAACCAUGUAUGAUAUUGAUCUUGUGCAGAGGCUUUUGGAACAUUUUAUAAUUCAAGAGCAGACAGAAAGUUCAAGUCCUAGUAGAAAUCCAUUCUCCGAUAAACAUAUGCAUGAUGGAAGUCAAAGGGGUACAAAUCUAAAUGCCAAGAUGAGGGUGGCAAGGCUCGUUGACAGUUACUUAACAGAAGUAUCUAGAGAUAGAAAUCUUUCCUUGACAAAAUUUCAGGUAUUGGCAGAGGCUUUGCCAGAUUCAGCAAGAACAUGUGAUGAUGGACUUUAUCGAGCAAUUGAUUCCUAUCUUAAGGCCCAUCCAACACUCUCAGAACAUGAAAGAAAGAGGCUAUGCAGGGUGAUGGAUUGCCAGAAACUCUCUGUCGAUGCUUGCAUGCACGGUGCUCAGAACGAAAGGCUCCCACUACGAGUCGUGGUGCAAGUUCUCUUCUCUGAGCAGGUGAAGAUAAGCAAUGCAAUAGCCAAUAUCUCUCUCAAAGAUGCAGGGGAAUUUCAUUAUCAACCUCUGGUAUCAAACCAUAAGUCAUUGCUUGAAGCAACGCCACAAUCAUUUCAAGAGGGAUGGAUAGCAGCCAAGAAGGAUAUCAACACUCUUAAGUUUGAACUAGAGACUGUGAAGUCUAAGUACCUAGAACUCCAAAAUGACAUGGAGAACUUACAGAGACAGUUCGAUAAGAUUGCAAAACCAAAACAAGCUUCAGCAUGGACUGCAGGUUGGAAAAAGUUAAGCAAACUUGCCAAAACAACAAAUAUAGAAACACAUGACAUCAGUAGUCAGGUCCAAAAUGCUGAACAGAUCACAAAGCCACCUAGAAGGUGGAGAAAUUCCAUUUCCUGAGAAGGAAAAGGCUAUGAUAGAAGACUACCAGUUACAAGAUUACCUCACAAAGUCAUUCUGCGUUCCCUAAUAUUCAAAUUUAUCAUGCUUCUCCUAUCACAAGAGUAGUUAAGACUGUCUUUUUCAUUUUAGAUAGAAAUUAUGUGAUAAUAGCAUAAUUUAUUACAGAUUCUCUAGUUUACUGGUUGCUGGUUUCUCUGUAAUGAUUGUACCAUCUUAAGUAUUCAUUCGGAGGUGCAGUAAAGCUGGUUUGCAUACCACCGCUGA